AUGCGUGUGCACAUUUCCUUCUGGUUAAAAGGUCCCAGGAGCUGGAGAAGAUAUCAAAGCAAUUGUGAGGAGCAACUCGCUGAGACGGCAAGAAUGGCACCGGGAGGCAUCUACAGGAAGUGUGAGGAGCCUGACCAUGCUGAGAUCAACGAGUCCACAAUCCCAGGGAAGGCAGAUAGUUUCCUCUUGAAGUACCGCACAUGUGUUUCAGGAAGAACAUCCCUGCCGAUCCUGUACGCUGUGAAUGCUGUCUUAGUUCUGCUAUGGAUCAUAAUUUUCGCUGUUACAGUUUCAAAAUAUUCUGAAUUGGCCAGGAAAUUAGAACAACUGAAUGACCAUCAGGCUGUGUUGACAGCAAAUGGCUCCAGGAUGGAAAAGCAAUUGGAGGAACUCCGUUCCAACCACUCCAUUUUGGGAUCAAGGCUAACUGAAGAGCUGAAAAAGCAAGAGAGUCAGCAAGAAACGAGGAAAAAGGAGGUGGACAAACAUCUGGCUAAUUUAGAUGCUGCAGAAGAAAGGAUCCAAGCAGAUACUCUUAAGAUGCUGGAAGCACUACAUAAGAUUAAUGACUCAGCCUGCCAAGUUUGUCCAGAGGGAUGGCUGCUGAACAGAGGACACUGCUACCAUUUCCAAGAAAAGCAGAACCACUGGUCUCUUGCCAAAACAUUAUGUGAGCAGCAAGAGAGCUCUUUGGUUAUCAUCAAUGAUUAUGAAGAGCAGAAAUUUCUCACAUCUCAUUCAAAAGACAAAGUCUUGUGGAUUGGUCUCAGUGAUUUAAACACGGAGAACACAUUUGUAUGGGUGGACCAAAGUCCUGCAUCAUUCACCUAUUGGAAUCCACGGGAACCCAACAAUGCUGGCCACGGGCAGGACUGUGUCGCGAUGACCAAGUGGGGCAGGUGGGAUGAUCGUGAGUGCGGAAGCAAUGCUGAUGGGUGGAUUUGUGAAAAGGCCUGGAGAUGCUAAUUCUGUGGCCAGCAGGAACACAACUGAAAACCAUUCUGACUCAGCUUGGGACUUUGUUGUCACAGACUGUCAGUAAUGCAAACAUUGGGUUUCUUCUGGAUGAAAGGUUUUAACCAUAACUUUGAAAUCUGUGAUUAAACUGGGUCAAUGGAGCAUCAGUGUCUCUGAAGAAAGCUAUGAUUUGAUUAUAACUCUUUUCUACUUGAUAUCUCUCCAUUUCUUGAGCUGGAGGUAAAUUUAGAGAAGUCAGUUUCAGUCCCAGAAUCUUCUGAUUUACCAGUGAGAUUAAGUUGGUUCACAAUCAACUGUAUAUGUUUGUGUAUUAGUCAAUCCAUGUAUGUCGAGGACAGGUCUUGCAAGCAUUUUUAAAAAAUCUGUACAUUUUUCCAUAACACAUUCUGUACUAUGGUAUGUAUGUCAAUAAACAUAUUUUUAAAGCUUU